ACACACAGACAUGUACAUACACACACACAGAAACAUGUACACACAGGCACAGAGACACAUGUACACACAAACAUACAUGUACAUACACACAGACACAUGUACAUGCAUACACAUGUACAUACAUACACAGACACACACACCCCUAUAAAAAGUUGCAGUACUUCGUUGUUCACUCACAGAACCGGGUACUGCACUCUAGGGGAGGCAGAGACCACAGCACACACUCCUUUUCCUUUGUUUUCACUGCGCUCAGCUAUUGAGCAGUCUGCUGGCUCCCAGUGACAAUGACAGAUCUGACCUGAGCUCCGAGCCUGCUCACAGCAAGACGACCCUGGGGACACACUCGACCCCACCAUAAUUUCCACUCGCCAUUGGCAAGCAGGCGAGUGGAAAUUUCAAGGCCUGCUGUAGGUGAUGCU